AUGAAGACCAUCUUGCUUAGCGAAGAAGAUGAAUGCGAAGAUGAUGACAAUGGAGAUUCACAUUCAAUAUUUCAAGUAUCGGAUUGGGGAUUCACCAGAAAAUUUGUCUCCUCGGUGCUAUAUAUUUUCCAAGGUUUGUUGACGGACAAUCUUUUUUAA